CCUUGUUCCCUAUAUGCAACUAUAAAUAGUGGGAUCUACAGCCAUUGUAAAGGGGAUGAAUUUUCUGACAAGCUAAUAUUAUACUCUGUUCAAAAGCUCAAUAAUAUUUUAUCUUCUUGCUUAUUAAUACUAUUACUACUGCCUUUGGAAGUUCUGCUCCCGGAAUCAAGAUUGCUACUGUCGUAUCUCGAUUUCUACGCUAAGUCUUAUAUUCUUGUCUAAUUUAUUUAUUAUUUUGGGAUCAAAUCAAUUCAAUUAUCUAUAAAUCACGUAUAAAUUCAACUAUACCGUUUUAUGGGUAAACAAUGAUCUAGGGAAGGGAGCAUGAGUUCACAUUCUCCUGAAACUCCCUAGAUACGCCCCUAGGUAUUAGGAUACUAAUUCCGAUAUUAAAUCUCGAAUUACAUAUAUCCAUCUUUUUGUCAUUGCUAAUAGCUAAUAUCAGUAUCAAUAUAAAUUUUAUACGAAAAUUUUGGUUUUAAUUAUCUAUUCCAUAGAGAAAGCGGGAAUAGUCCUGGCUAUAACCAAAAUAACAAAAUAUUACUAAACUAAUUAAAUUCUUAAGACCUCGCCAGCCUGUAUAACCAAGAGAGCACUUGUCAGCCUAUCUUCUCUUUUUAUACACAAAUCUACCAAUUAAGCAUUUUCUUAAAGAAGCUGCCUUUUCAAUUCCCUCUGCCAAGUAGGAUCCCCCUCUAUUCCCUCUUUCUUUCUUGUUCGUCAAUCAAACUUCCCCUACCCCCCCCCCCCCCCAAACCAACCCCUACAAAUUGAAAAACAAGUUCAUUUUUUAAUCUUGGUAUUCAAAGCUUAUAUAUAAGCACCAUCUAUUAACUUCCAAGGUCAUUUCCUUAGAUUUAUGCGACAUGGGUAAUUCUAAAAUUAAGCAGAACUCGUCAGUUUCUGAUUAUCUUCUCUUUGUGUUCCUCUUCUCAUGUCUAUUAGUAAUAAUUCCCAAAGCAGCGGCACAGCCACAAAAUAAUCAAAGUGAGUUUCAAUAUGCAAAGCUCAAUCCACCUUUGGCAAUUAUCAUAAUUGUUCUAAUUGCAGCACUCUUUUUCAUGGCCGCUUUCUCUGUUUACAUCCGACACUGUACUCAGUCCUCUACUGGCGGUAGUGUUCGGCGAGCUCUGUCUUUGCGUCGCCGUGCUGCUGCGGCGCGUGGACUUGAUGCAACCGUUAUUGAGACUUUUCCGACCUUUACAUAUGCUGAAGUGAAGGAUCACCAUAUUGGUAAAGGAGCUUUGGAGUGUGCUGUUUGCUUAAACGAGUUUGAAGAUGAUGAAACGCUGCGUUUAAUUCCUAAGUGUGAUCACGUUUUUCACCCUGAGUGUAUUGAUGCUUGGCUCCAAUCUCAUGAUACUUGCCCGGUUUGCCGAGCUAACCUCGCCCCUCAACCCGAUGAACCGCCGGCCCAAGUUUCCGAGUUGAACCAAGAGGGUCAACAACAACCGGGGACUGAGCUUCAACAGCAAAACGAUGAAGUUUCUAUACGCAUAGAGGGUGACGAAGAACAAAGAGAACCGGUUCAGCAGCAACAAGAGGAAGGUUCAGUUAGACCGAGAGUGAAACGGAAUUUGAGCUUCAACGUGACGAACCGGGUUCAGAAGCAAGAAGAAGGGGGUUCUGUUAAAUCGGGAGUAAAGAGAAACUUGAGUUUCAACGUGCCGAUUCUUUCACCAAGAUCAUUUUCCAUGAAGCCAAGGAUAUUUAGCAAGUUCAGGUCACAUUCAACCGGCCACUCACUAGUACUACCGGGUGAGAAUUUGGACCGGUACACUCUAAGGUUACCAGAGGGGAUUCGGAAGGAGGUAAUGAACCGGGCAUUAUUGAACCGGGCUAAGAGCUUUGGAGUUGCCUUACCAAGAGACGGAAGCUCAAGAAAAGGGUACAGAACCGGUACUGGAGAAGGAAGCAGCAGGGGUGCUAGAUCUAACAGACGGAUCGAUCGGUCCGAACCGGAAGGAUAUUCGGACCGGUGGGUUUUCACUAUUGCACCACCAUUCAUUUCUAGAGGCUCAUCAAUGAAAUCACCAAAAGUUGGAGCUGAAACCGGUGAGGGCUCCACCUCUGGAAGUGUGAAAAACGCCGUCAAGUUACCGUCGUUUAAAUGCUUGGAACCAAAAGAUGAUGAAACCUCUUUGAUGUCUGCUGACUCGGCUCGACCUCCGGUUUAGUAACUCUUCAUUCCGGUGCAGAGUAAAAACGCGUCUCGCGACUUUUUGUGGGCUAUGAAAGAGGACCGUCUUUCUCAUGAUAGGUUGGGCCCCCCCUUGAAAAUUACGGCAAGGUGUAAAUGUAUAAUAGCCCGAAGUUGACUUUCAAGAAUUUUACAAGGUUUAGUAGAAAACAUUUUUGUUAUGUUUUAAAAAAUAAAAAAUCUUCAUUUUUUUAAAAAUAUUUUUCAAUUUUUUUUAAUAUUUAUUUUAAGUUUUGUGCAUAUCUAUAGUUGCUGUAAUAAAAAAGUCUCUUGUAUUUUAUUCCUGAUUGGAUAAUGUCCUCUAAGUAUGUGUAUUUCUUUUUCUUGAUUUCAUUGUCCAAUUCAACUUUGGCAAAAAAGAAAUCAAAAACGAAAAAGAGUACGAAAUUGCUUUCCUUUUUGUUUA